GAUUCCCUCUUCUCUUCCUUUCACAAUCACUCCAUUUUCCCGCCAAAGAAAACCCCUUCUUCUUCUCACCUUUCCCUAUAUCAACAACUUUCCUCUUUUCCCCGCCACAUUGUGCCAAACUUUGUCCUAAAAAAACACAUCACAAGAAAAGAAGAAACAACAAAAGAAAGAUGAAAGAUACAUCUAAAGUUAUCAUUGGUGUAACCUUAGUAAUGGUUGUAACCCUAGCUUUUGUUAUAGCACUUAUUCUUGUUCUUCUAUUUGAACUUUAUUGUUCUCUUUUACUUCGUAGACACAAACUCAAAAACCAAAACAAUAACACUCAAACCUUAAACAACUCAAACUCAACAACUACCUUAACUAAUGUUUCUUCUCCUUCACAUGCAACCCAAAACUCUCUUUCUCCACCACCACAAAACUUUAGCAACAUUUAUUCACAAGGUGUUCUUCAAGCUCCAAGAAAUAUUCUUUUUCCUUGCAUGGAAAAUAUUUCUAAAGAACAAUCAAAUAAACUUCAUCAAGUUAUUCAUGUUCAAGCCCUAGAAUCAUUGGUUUCAUCACCAACAUUAUCAAUGUCACCUUUUACAUCAAGAGCACCACCACCUCAAAAAAAGACAACCCAUCAAGUUAAUAUUGAUGAAAUUUCAUCUAGUCUUGAAGAAAAAAAUCAUCACCAACUUGUGUACAUUUCAAACCCUAUUUAUGAAAACGAAGAAGGUAAAGAAAGUGGUGUAAAUACACCAUUUGAAACACCAAAUUCUUCACCUUCUCAUUUAGCAAAAAGUGAUUCUUCUAGUGAUGAAGAUGGUGAUAACAAUGUUGUUGCAGCUGAAAUUGAAGUUUGUGUUAAUUCACCUUGUUAUACACCUCCUUUGACUCCAAUGAAGAAGCUAGAUGCAGAAGCUUGUACUGUUUCUCUUAGAGAAGCUAGGUCUUUAGGUACUAAUGGAAGUGAUUCUAUAAUAUCACGUAGUGUUAAUGGUCUUUCUUCUUCAUCUUCAGGUUCACCUUCUACUUCUUCUUGGUGAAUUUUGUAUCAUCAAUGGCUUAGUUAGUUAGUUAGAUGUAGAAGUUUUUGUUCUUGUUUAUUUUUGUUUAGUCUGUUUUAUGUGGUAGCUAGUUUGUGAAUAAUAUGAUUAGUAGUGGUUAUUAUAAUCAUAUUAGUAUUAAAUCAUUUAUAUUUGUUGUUUCAAUGUCUUAAAAAUCGAACUAGACAUUGAAGUGGUAGACAUCUUGGUCAUUGUUAAACGGUUUUAAAAUGUUA